AGACUCACGUGACACAGUGACGCUGUUAGCUUUAGCCAAAACAUGUAGCGCGUGCAGCACAAAACAGCGCACAAGUGUGAAAAUAUCAAACUAAACUUUAUUUAUCCAAGUGUGAGAAGAGACGAGAUGGUGAAGGAGCAGUUCAGAGAGACAGAUGUGGCCCAAAAGAUAAGCCACAUCUGUUUUGGGAUGAUGUCGUCGGGACAGAUGCGGCGUCAGGCUCACAUUCAGGUGGUCAGUAAAAACCUGUACAGCCAAGACACGAGACGCAGUCCUCUGCCCCACGGAGUCCUGGACCACCGCAUGGGCACCAGUGAGAAAGACCGGCCGUGUUUAACCUGUGGGAAGAAUCUGGCCGACUGUUUGGGACAUUAUGGAUAUUUGGAUCUGGAGUUGCCUUGUUUCCAUGUUGGAUAUUUUAAAGCCAUCAUCGGGAUCUUGCAGAUGAUUUGUAAAACGUGCUCGAGGAUCAUGCUGUCCAAGGACGAGAGGCUGCAGUUUGUGGAUUAUCUGAAGAGACCCAACUUGGCCUAUCUCCAAAAACGAGGCCUCAAGAAGAAGAUUUCAGACAAGUGCCGCAAAAAGACCAUCUGCCUCAGCUGUUCAGCCUAUAACGGUCCAGUGAAGAAGUGCGGUCUGCUCAAAAUCAUUCAUGAGAAAUACAAGACGACGAAGAAGACCAUGGAUCCUUUUGUGUCCGAGUUUAUUCAUUCGUUCAACACGGCCAUCGACCACAACAAGACCAUAGAGCCACUGCUGACCAGAGCACAGGAGAACCUAAACCCUCUGGUGGUGCUCAACCUCUUCAGGAGGAUCCCAGAGGAGGACGUUCCUUUGCUCCUCAUGAAUCCAGAGGCGGGAAAACCGUCCGACCUCAUCCUGACCCGGCUCCUGGUCCCGCCCCUCUGUAUCCGCCCCUCCGUCGUCAGCGACCUCAAGUCCGGCACCAACGAAGACGACCUGACCAUGAAACUCACAGAGGUCAUCUUCCUCAACGACGUCAUCAAGAAGCAUCGUGUGACGGGGGCAAAGACACAGAUGAUCAUGGAGGACUGGGACUUCCUGCAGCUCCAGUGCGCUCUCUACAUAAACUCUGAGCUCUCGGGGAUCCCACUCAACAUGGCGCCCAAGAAGUGGACCCGGGGUUUUGUGCAGAGACUGAAGGGCAAACAAGGCCGAUUCAGAGGAAAUCUAUCGGGGAAGAGAGUGGACUUCUCAGGCAGAACCGUCAUCUCUCCAGAUCCCAACCUGAGGAUCGAUGAGGUGGCUGUACCGGUGCACGUGGCCAAAAUCCUCACCUACCCCGAGAAGGUAAACAAAGCCAAUCUGGACUUGAUGAGGAAACUGGUUCGUAAUGGACCUGAUGUUCAUCCAGGAGCAAACUUCAUCCAAAAUCGCUCCACACAAAUGAAACGGUUUUUGAAGUACGGAAACAGAGAGAAGAUCGCCCAGGAGCUGCGGUUCGGGGACGUGGUUGAGAGACACUUGAUUGACGGGGAUAUCGUUCUGUUCAAUCGACAGCCGUCUCUGCACAAACUCAGCAUCAUGGCUCAUAUUGCGCGGGUCAAGCCUCACCGCACCUUUCGCUUUAACGAGUGCGUGUGCACGCCCUACAACGCCGACUUCGAUGGAGAUGAGAUGAACCUGCACCUGCCCCAGACCGAGGAGGCCAAGGCGGAGGCGCUGGUGCUGAUGGGGACAAAAGCCAAUCUCGUCACUCCCAGGAACGGCGAGCCUCUGAUCGCCGCCAUCCAGGACUUCUUGACAGGGGCCUACCUCUUGACUUUUAAGGACACAUUCUUUGACAGAUCAAAAGUCUGUCAGAUCGUCGCCUCCAUCCUCGUCGGCGGAGAUCAGAAAGUGUGCAUCACUUUACCGAGACCGGCCAUUUUGAAGCCGAUGGCGUUGUGGACGGGGAAACAGAUCUUCAGCCUCAUUUUGAAACCAGGAAAUGAUUGUCCAGUUAAAGCUAAUCUGAGGACCAAGGGGAAGCAGUACUGCGGCAAAGGGGAGGACCUGUGCCAUAACGACUCGUUCGUGGUGAUCCACAACAGUGAGCUCAUGUGCGGAAGUCUGGACAAAGGAACUCUGGGAUCCGGCUCCAAAAACAACAUCUUCUACAUCCUCCUGAGGGACUGGGGGCAGCUGGAGGCCGCCAACGCCAUGUCCCGCCUCGCCCGCCUGGCCCCGGUGUUUCUGUCCAACCGGGGCUUCUCCAUCGGGAUCGGGGACGUGACGCCGGGUCAGGGGCUGCUCAAGGCCAAACAGGACCUGCUGGACGACGGCUACGCCAAAUGUGACGAGUACAUCGACGCCCUGCACACGGGGAAACUACAGCAGCAACCCGGCUGCACGGCGGAGGAGACGCUCGAGGCUCUGAUCCUCAGGGAGUUGUCUGUGAUCAGAGACCGAGCGGGAAGCGCCUGUCUGAGGGAGCUGGACAAGAGCAACAGUCCCCUGACCAUGGCCCUGUGCGGGUCCAAAGGCUCCUUCAUUAAUAUCUCUCAGAUGAUCGCUUGUGUGGGGCAGCAGGCCAUAAGUGGCUCUCGAGUCCCUGAUGGUUUUGAGAAUCGUUCUCUGCCUCAUUUUGAGAAACACUCAAAACUUCCUGCCGCCAAAGGAUUCGUCGCCAACAGUUUCUACUCAGGUCUCACCCCGACAGAGUUUUUCUUCCACACCAUGGCAGGACGAGAGGGACUGGUGGACACGGCCGUGAAGACAGCAGAGACCGGAUACAUGCAGCGGCGUCUGGUGAAGUCUCUGGAGGACCUGUGCUCUCAGUACGACCUCACCGUGCGGAGCUCCACGGGCGACAUCAUCCAGUUCAUCUACGGAGGAGACGGACUGGACCCGGCCGACAUGGAGGGCAAAGACGAGCCGCUCGAGUUCAGACGAGUCCUGGACAACAUCAGAGCGGUCUUCUCGUGCCACUCUGAGCCGGCGCUCAGUCAGAACGAGCUGGUCCUCACGGCCGACGGUGUCAUGAAGAGGGAGGACUUCCUGUGCUGCAGAGACAGCUUCCUGGAGGAAAUCAAAAAGUUUAUCAAAAGCACUUCAGAACGGAUCAAAAAGACUCGAGACAAGUACGGCAUCAACGACAACGGGACCACCGAGCCUAAAGUUCUGUACCAGCUGGACCGCAUCACGCCGACGCAGCUGGAGAAGUUCCUGGAGACCUGCCGAGACAAGUACAUGAGAGCGCAGAUGGAGCCUGGCUCUGCAGUGGGGGCUCUCUGUGCUCAGAGCAUUGGGGAGCCUGGGACACAGAUGACCCUGAAAACCUUUCACUUCGCUGGAGUCGCUUCAAUGAACAUCACUCUGGGAGUGCCCCGCAUCAAGGAGAUCAUCAACGCCUCCAAGAACAUCAGUACUCCAAUCAUCACGGCUCAACUCGACAUCGACGACGACGCCGACUUCGCCCGAUUAGUGAAAGGAAGGAUUGAAAAGACUCUGCUCGGAGAGAUCUCUGAGUAUAUCGAAGAGGUUUUCCUGCCCGACGACUGCUUUAUUUUGGUGAAACUUUCUCUGGAGAGGAUCAGACUGUUACGACUGGAGGUGAACGCAGAGACGGUGCGUUACUCCAUCUGCAUGUCCAAGCUGAGGGUGAAGCCCGCAGACAUCGCGGUGCACGGAGAGGCCGUGGUCUGUGUGUCGCCCCGAGAAAACAGCAAAAGCUCCAUGUACUACGUCCUCCAGAGUCUCAAAGAGGAUCUGCCCAAGGUUGUCGUUCAGGGCAUCCCUGAAGUUUCCAGAGCUGUGAUCCACAUCGACGAACAGAGCAGCAAAAAGAAGUACAAGCUUCUGGUGGAGGGGGAUAAUCUGCGAGCGGUUAUGGCGACGCACGGAGUCAAAGGCAGCGGCACGACGUCCAACAACACCUACGAGGUGGAGAAGACUCUGGGGAUCGAGGCGGCUCGCUCCACCAUCAUCAAUGAGAUCCAGUACACGAUGGUGAACCACGGCAUGAGCAUCGACCGCAGACACGUCAUGCUGCUCGCCGACCUCAUGUCCUACAAGGGAGAGAUUUUGGGCAUCACCAGGUUCGGUUUGGCCAAAAUGAAGGAGAGCGUCCUGAUGCUGGCGUCGUUUGAGAAAACCGCAGAUCACCUGUUCGACGCCGCGUACUUCGGCCAAAAGGACUUGGUCUGCGGCGUCUCUGAAUGCAUCAUCAUGGGGAUCCCGAUGAACAUUGGCACUGGGCUGUUCAAACUCCUGCACAGAGCGGAUAAAAAGUCGUCUCCGGCACAGCGCCCCCUUCUGUUCGACAGCUCGGACUUCCACGUGUCUCUCCUCACGUAGCGGCUCAGACUUCACUCUGAAACUCCUGAAACGGCCCAAAGACGAUGGACCAGAACAUGUUUAAAAUGAGUCUGAAGUCAUUUCUGUGUGAAGAGACCAAACAUGGAGAAUGUCCCAAACUGAAGCUUUAACACGCCGGUGAAGUCUUUAAUUUAGAUUUCUUCUGUAAUUUGUAUAUUUAGUCUUUUUAUUUGACCAGUUUCAGCUCAGGAUCACGUGGACGGCUCUUUUUUGGCUCUUUUACGGCUCUUUUACGGCUCCCUUCAGUUUUCUCCUCGUACAAAAGCAGAAAAGAUUCAAAUAAAAAGGUUGCUGCUGUUUUGUGUUUUAUUUUCACGUUGACCUUUGACCUUUGUGUUUUUGUUUAUUUAUGUAAUAAAUUGUGAAUAAAACAGUUUGUUGAAUC